UACGCCAGAUCGUACGUGACAGACCAUGCCCUUCUAUCUCGCCUCGGCCAAUUCUUCAGAUUUCUUUUACGAAGCUGGAAAAUCGAAUUUCUUCAGCAAAAGGUCCAUCAACCUCCCUCUGAAGCGAACAAAAUCCGUCACGAAACUAGAGCGCAGCAAGCGUGGUGGAGCUGGUCCGGUAUCUUCAAACCAAAGCAUCCAAUCUUCAGACGUCAACCAGAACGACUCGAGCAACGACCACACCGAGUACCCAGUGUACCAGAAACAAUCUCAUCAUCUCUCGAGUACCAACUUGCACAGCACCGGCCUAGCUAAUGGUACUGCUAAUGGUGACAGCAAUACCACCAGUACGGGACUUGCUACGCGCUUGAGAAGUUCUCAGUCGCAUGAAAGUCUGCUUGCCUCUCACAACCAACAGAUGAUGAAUACGCUCGAAUUGGCUGCCGGCGAGGCGGUGAUCAGGCCGCUUCACGAUAGCGUCCUCGGGCAGAAGUUCUGCUUCCAGAUAUCGACACCCACGGGCACGCGCUACUACAGCUGCCGCACGGAGGCGGAGCGCGAUAAGUGGGUAGAGUCCCUCCGUCGCGCCAUCAACCCUAACGCUGAUUCCAAGAGUCGGGUCCACAACGCCAUCCACACCACCAUUGUCGAGGCAAAAGGCAUCCCUCCCAAGAAAAGGUACUUUUGCGAGCUGAGACUGGACGGCAAUUUGUACGCCCGGACCUCGACUAAACUGAAGACUGAUUUGUGCUUCUGGGGUGAACAGUACGAUUUCAAGUGCUUACCCGCCGUUAACACGGUCACCAUUAACAUAUGGAGGGAGGUGGAGAAAAGACGAAAAAAGACCUCUGCUCUGGUCGGUCACGUGGACAUCCCGACGAACUCGGUGUCUGGUCGUAGCGUCGUCGAGAAGUGGUAUACCAUCAAGCUGGACGCGGGUCCCUUCAAAUACAGGAACAGUAAAGGCAACGCACCGUCUAUCAGAAUCAAGUGUUUCUACCAGACAGCCAACAUUUUGCCCCUGGAAAUGUACAAGGAUUUCCAUCACUUCCUACAGACGUCGUACUCCGGAGUGAUAGCGCUGCUCGAACCUGUCGUGAGCGUGUCGACUAAGAAUGACGUAGCCACGACACUCGUACAUCUCAUGCAACACAGCAAUUCAGCCCCAGCACUCAUCGCUGACAUUGUCCUAGCUGAAAUAGAUAAAAGUGACAACGACCAUCUCAUCUUCCGCGGCAACAGCGUCGCCACGAAGGCCAUGGAGGCUUUCAUGAAGCUCGUGGGUUCCAACUACCUGCGGGAGACCCUGGAAUUGGCCGUCAGGAAAAUCAUCGACUCGAAUUUGGACUGCGAGGUGGACCCAAAGAAAGUCAGCAACGAAUCUUUGAUACCAAAGAACCGCCAGAAUCUCAUCUCACACGUGAAGAUGACGUGGCAUCGCAUCAUCCAGAGCCCUCUCAACUUCCCUGCGGAGCUCCGAGAAUGUUUCUUGCUAUUCCGAGAACGUCUCAAGAGCGUGUCCAAGGAAUCUCUUUGUAACAAACUUAUUUCUGCGUCUAUAUUCCUGCGCUUCCUAUGUCCUGCUAUCCUGAAUCCUAGUCUGUUCCACCUGACUCAUGAGCUCCCCAACGACAGAGCUACUCGGAACCUUACCCUUGUGGCAAAGACUCUUCAAACCUUGGCAAACUUCACCAAAUUCCAGGGCAAAGAGCAGUUCAUGGAGUUUAUGAAUGAGUUCAUCGAUGGCGAGCAAAAUGAAAUCUGGGAAUUUUUGAUGAAAAUAUCAAGCAGGCGAAAGCCUGAUCCUCAAUCCCCACCUUACACCGGCGACAUUGACCAAGGAGUCCAGCUUGCAAGUCUCCAGUCACUUCUCUCUGAAUGCCUUCCAAAUUUGAAGCCGGAACAUGAAGAAGAGCAUCGCUGCAGAGACACUCUUAAGAGGCUUAUCGAGGAUCUCGAACGUGCAAAGGACUAUCCCAACAACGAUCUUGUUCAGAGCUUAGCCUCACAUGAUGGAUCAGGUACGGCGUCAAAUUCCACAACCGCAACCAUUGUGGAUCCACAAAGACAAGAAGAGCGGCUCAACGACGUACAUGGAAUUAAAGAAAACGUUUUCAGGUACAACGACCCCACUGCCGGAUCUCAGAAGAGCAAAACCUCGGGCGGUCCAUCUCAGAUUUCCGGAUUUGAACGCGACGCCAGACCUCAGAAAAUGUCAUCAAACUUAACUGACCAUUCAGGCCCGGGAGAAGGAAUGGGGUUAAUUGGUAAGGGUGUAAACCAACAAAACGACGCCAUGUCUCGGUCGUCCACGCUACCUCGCAGCGUGCAUCUCCAAGAGUCAAAUCGCAAGCUGGCCAUGGACCUGCACACGGCUGAUGACUACGUCCACUACUCUGCUCUUGAUGCCGACAGUAAUUCGAUACCGAAAUUCGGGCAUGCCAUCGGUCACAGCUUUAGCCAGUCCCAUAUUCCUCCGGACUCUCCGAAUCACGGGGCAAGCCCGCAGACGCAUCACAAUCAUCACAGACAUUUCCAAAACCACAUGGGGCUCUACAAUUCAACAAACAGUGGUAUGAGCAGCUCGAUGUAUAAUGCAACUUCUUACGGCCAACUAUCAAAUGCAAGCAGAACUCAACAUCAAGUGAACCCGCAACAGACAAACGACUCUCUUAACUCAAGUCAUGACUAUGAUCAAUCUGAUACCAAUAUGAAAGGAUCACAAACGUCUAUUUCUCAGCUCUCCAAUGUCAUUUCGUCGGGUUACCAAAGCUUCGCUUACAGCCAAUCUUCGAGUCCAGUCGAUCCAUCGAUCACGGAUGUUACCAAUAACAACAAUGGGAGCCCUAAUAGUUCCCGCAACAAUAAUAAUAAUAUUCAUCACAAAACCUCCACUUAUAGUCACAUCAAUAAUCAAAGUAUCAACAAUCGUUACAUUACUGAACCUAUUUCCAUCGCCCAGAUGCCCCAGAUAUCGCAAGUAAUGCAGCCUCCGCCGCAAGUGGCAUUAGCUUUUAACAAUCCCACCUACCAGCUAGAGAACUUAGCUACUAGUUCACCUAGAGCCCACAACAAAAUUAAUCCUUCUCAAGCCCUUCAAAAUCAUUUCCUGAUCAACGGCGCUCCUCAUCACAACGUGCGAUCUUACCCCCUGAGCCACAGUCAGUCUAGCCACGCUACAAGCCAUUCUUCUUCACCUGCAACUGCUCAUCAGUCAGGCGUUAAUUUCAACAGCCAGCAAUGCAACUCAUCGCUAAGUUCUGCCCAGAGUGUGGAAGAUCUCGUCUGCAAUAGAGUUACAAAUAGUGACGAUUCCUCUUCCUUGAUCUCCUCGACGUCUACUCCGCCACAAUCCACUCCGGAAACACACUCACGGCUCAAUUAUAAUCCGAAUAUUAACGGAUAUUGUGGCAUUGGUCAGCUUAAUAACAGAGCCCAUCCCAGUAACAGAUCGGGUGCUCCCAGAACCAACCCUCGAUAUCUACCCCCUACCUCGUGGCAGCAGCAGCAGUCAACGAAUCUUCAUUCAUCGAUCAACAAUCUUUCCCACACUGACAAUAUUAACAGCCAGUCUCUGGAUCACCACCACUCAACCUCUGACCUCCUCUCGUCAUCCGCGUACUCGCAGCCUCGGCGCACGCCUCACAAGAGCUCGAGGCGCCAGUCAGCUGAGUUUGGGUCAUCCAGACAUCGAAUUGUACAUAAUAACUACAAUGAUAGUUCCAGUGACGAAUCUUCCAGUGAUGAGAGGCAGAAAACUGGCUCAUUGCUUCCUCGUCGCAACAGAAUCGACUUUCCUGCUGCUCCUUACACUACUGCUAACUGGUCCUCCAACUCCAAAAGAGUCUCUGAAACCAAGACUCUUGAUGAAUAUGAGGCCGACAUAUUAUCCAUGAAGAACCUACUCGAGAAGCUGGAAGAAACUCAAUGCCAUCAGAUGCCCUCGUCUACUUCUAACAAUUCCUCGUCGCUGUCGUCGAGCGCCUCGUCCAACUCGCCGCCGUCGCCCACUCCUCUUUCGCCUCCCGCUCCUGUCCCCGUUGACGGCCGAGCUUCCCUGUCGUCCAACGUUGGUCAACGGGCCUCGGCCAUGCGGAUGGAAAUGUUCGAAGCUGAAUUCACUCCGAAAAUCACUCAUCUCACGCACGCUGAACCCAGUGAAGAACUAGUUAGACAGCUCCUAGAAGACCAAGCCAAAAAGGACGCCGUCAUUGCUGCCCAGCAAGAAAAAAUUUCUAACCUUGACGUGACCAACUGUCGUCUUCGUCAAGCCUACGAAGAGCUCGCUCGACGCAUCGAGAACCUGGAUUUCGACACACUGGACCCUGAGACAAAGGCGGUCCUGACACAGGCUGCGGCAGACAUGAACGCGCGACAGAGCGACAGCAGCAACUACAGAGACCCACCGUCCCGCCCCAGCGACUACAACGGCAGUUCCUGCUAGCAAGCGGAACGGCAACUUUUGAAUACAAACUUUAAUUGAAUAUACAAUAGAAUUGUAUUGUGAAACUUUUUAAUAUAAUACAAUUCUAUUCAAUACCAACUGCCACUUUAUCAUAUGCUUUAAGCGUGCUUUUUUUUGGAGGAAAGAAGUAUUUUGUGCGUGAAAUUGUAUAUGCUGCCACUUUAUUCUAUGAUUUAGACGUCAUGUAUCAGAGUGAAAAAGUGUUUUGUACGUGAAAAAGAUGGCUUUUUUAUAUUUCCGUAUGUAUAAUGCAACUGGGAAGCUUUGGAAGAAGGAAGAGGUUAAAGAAAUGUACAAAGUAUUAGCAUAUGGAAAUAUUUGUUGGCAUAAACGCGUCUAGAACAAAAUUGCGAUGGCGUAUCUCGUCUCAAUAGGACUAAAAGGUGCGUAAAUUUCUCGUAACAGAAAUUUUUCUUGGACUUUUUAAUUUCAUAUUAUUCAAAGUAAAAAAUGCAUCUGUUAUUCGGAAAAUUAUAUUUUAUCUAAAUUUAUAUCAUGUGUUCAGUUUGAACAUCGCGCGUUAUCUAGUAUAACAAAUACAUUUGUCUACCAGUGUGUUACUACCUCCUAAUUCAAUCAUUAACAUUCGAAGAUCCCUAGAAAAAAUGAAUAGCAUUAAAUUCAAGAGUUUUUUUAUCAUAUUUACACCAAUUUAUACGUUGAUGAUUGAGUGUAUGGAACUAAUACCUCAUUUAUUUGGACAUUAUAGAUUUUAUUUUUCUAUUGUGAAUAACUAAAUCUGCCCCCAUAUUGUCUCAUUUCAAAUAAAUCAAUCGUAAUAAACUUCCUAUGAAGUUCUGUGCUCUGAUUCAGACGAUUCAAAUAUUAUGAGAUUUUGUAUGCUAAAGUUUCCAUUGCUUUGAUAGCUUCGAUGUUGCAGUAGAGCGCUAACAACAGCCGACCAGACUUUAUACGCGGAUGUUAUCUCUGUAAUGCUAAAGAUUGUACAUUUGCUUUCAACGGGCGUUGGCAAUGAGCCUUGUGUAAAUAGCAUUCAACACCAAAGAUGUCUUGCGCAUAGUCCUAAUCCCAAAGUGUAUAGUUUUUAAGUUCUCGAGAUAUGAUCAAGUUAGCAGUAUUUUUCCGUCUAUUGCCUUCUAUUCUAGUAAACGUCAGUCAAUAUUACUUCUAACUACUACUAUGCCUCUACUUAGUCUGUAUGAUGUUCAUUAAAUUCCUUUCGGUCUAUUUUUCUGUGUCCCGAAGAAAAAUUAGAUUUCUAAGUAUUAGGACGCUUGCUAUAUUUUCCUACUCGGGAGAUUCGUCUCCAUUCAUGGAACUCUUACUUGGGCGCCAACUUGGUACGUCCUGUCUGUAUAGUUUUGUACAUUUCUUUAGCAGUAAGUCGCGCAAUGUAAUGAAGCUAAAAGGCCCAUAUCAAAAAAGGCAAAAUAUUACCUCAUUUGUGUACCGUUUUAAUAGAUGAUUGUUCAUGCUUUGCUGCGGUGCAUUGCUAAUAGUUUCAUUGUCAUGAUCUCAUUCGUAUGGAUGUGUUCCAGGCAUUACCGUGACGAGUUUACUUUGAAGCUGGUGCCCUUAUUACUGAGCUUCAGUUCCCCUUAAAUGAAAUAACGUCCUAAGUUCAUUUAUGCCUUUUUUAGCAAAGUACUUGUGCUUGUUGUCCGUUAAUAUUAAACGGUAUUGUUUUCACGAUUAGACGUCUCAUUAUUUAUUUUUUAUUUUAUCGUUUGUAUUUUUACUUGUUGUAAAUUGAUUGCUGUUCCAUUGUCUUCUUGUGUACAGCCUUUUCUUGUAUAUAAUGUGUUGAGACCUUUGUGCUGUUCAUAGUUGUGAAUAAUUUUCUGUAUCAUUAGCUCGGGCGUGCAAAUUAAUAUUAUUUG